GUGGGGCUUCCCAGGUUAGGCGAUUAUGCUGCUUCCUGUCACCACUCCUCCGCCACACGGCGACCCCCAAACCCGAGCUACGCCUCCGCUUCGGAUGGAAGCGAUCGCGCGCGCAGGGGAGGAGGAGGAGGAGGAGAAGCCUUGAUCUCGCCGCCGCACCUGCGCUGCGCCGAGGCGCCGCUGCGCUCCUGGAUGCCCGGGCCAAGGAACAAGGCGCAGCCCCGAUCGCCUGCCUUCUUCCACCCCAGCCCCCUGCGGGAUCGAUGGCUGGAGGAUCGCUGCCUCUGCAGGGCUCUCCCCCGGAGGUUUCCUUCCGCGAGCUCCAGGCACCGAUCCGCUGACGGCGCCUGCAAAAGGGGCCCGCCCACAUCAGGACGGGAGAAAGCGAAAAGACAUCCCAGAAAGCGAAAGCCACGCCUAGUCCCUUUCGACCGGUUAACGUCCCUCUGUCCUUUCGUGGAGGCUGUCAGAGUGAUGGAACGACAAGGCGGGCUCUAGGAGGACACUGUUUCGUUCCAGUGAAACCUAAGUGAGAUGCCUCCCAAAAGAUCAAAAGGGAAAACACCUCAGACCUCAGGUCAGAAUAGGCGGCCGAAGGGUCGGCGGCCGUCGGAUGACCAGGAGCAGAGCCGCCUCCUGUUGGAGGGAAAGGGGGCUGGCCCCCCUGAUAAAAAGGCGAGGAAGCGCAAAGGCCUCGCUGCCCCGCAGAGGACCUGCUCCGGAGAGAACCCCAACAUCUGCACCGAGUGCGGGCAGACCUUUGCGCAGAGCUCGGACCUGAUCAACCACCAGAGGAUCCACACGGGGGAGAAGCCCUACAGGUGCCUGGACUGCGGGAAGAUGUUCAGCGUCAGCUCCAACCUGAGCCGGCACCAGAGGAUCCACACGGGCGAGAAGCCGUACCUGUGCUCCGAGUGCGGGAAAAGCUUCACCGACAAGUCGACCUUGGUCCAGCACGUCCGGACGCACACCGGGGAGAAGCCCUACCAGUGCAUCGACUGCGGGAAGACGUUCAGCCGCAGCUCCCACCACAAGCGCCACCUGAAGAGCCCGCCGGGCAAGAAGCCGGGCAAAUGCAGCCACCCGGAGGGCUCCCCCGCCAACAAGGCCUCGCCUCCCGGCAAAGCCAAGAAGGCCAGGGCCUCGAGGAAGCAGAACUCCCCCUUUGAAAUCCCCCACACAUGCGCCGAGUGCUGGCAGAGCUUCAACCAGACGUCGGACCUGGUCAAGCACAUGCGCAUCCACACCGGGGAGAAGCCCUUUGAGUGCAACCAUUGCGGGAAGUGCUUCAACGUCAGCUCCAACCUGAUCCGCCACAAGAGGAUCCACACGGGCGAGAAGCCCUACACCUGCUCCGACUGCGGGAAGAGCUUCACCGACAAGUCCACCCUCACCCAACACAACCGCAUCCACACGGGCGAGAAGCCCUACACCUGCACAUACUGCGGGAAAAGCUUCAGUCGCAGCUCUCACCACAAGAGGCACCAGCGGAUUCACGCCGGAGAGAACCCCGUCUCUUUCCUGCCCCUGUGGCCUUACCCUAACCAAAUGUACUGACGGUGACUCUAACUAUGCCUGCGUGUCGUUUACAUAGCUGCCAAGUUCCGGAUUGAAAAAUCCAGGACCAGCAGCGGCGCGGCACCGGAAGUCACUUCUGUGCGAUUUCCGGACAUGCAUAGAAGCAACUUCUGGCACUGCGGCCAUUUUGGAAAUGGGCAGAGCGGUGCCAGAAGUCGCUUCUAUGCACUUCCAGACAUGUGUAGAAGCAACUUCUGGCACUGCGGCCAUUUUGGAAAUGGGCAGAGCGGUGCCAGAAGUCGCUUCUAUGUUUUGGAAAUGGGCAGAGUGGUGCCAGAAGUCGCUUCUAUGCCUUUCCAGACAUGCGUAGAAGCAACUUCUGGCGCUGCGGCCAUUUUGGAAAUGGGCAGAGCGGCACCGGAAGUCGCUUCUACGCACUUCCGGACAUGCGUAGAAGCGACUUCCGAUGCCAGCACCACCCGAUUUCCGGUGCCCAUACAUGGGCAGAGCGGCACCAGAAACAUGACUGCCGGCAGGAGCUGCUUUCCGGGGGAUUUACGGGAUAUAAAUCCAUUCGGGAGACCAGCGGGAAACGGUAAGAAAAUACGGGGGUUUCCCGGGGAAAACGGGGUACUUGGCAGCUAUGGUCGUUUAACGCAGACAAAAUUUUUUUGGGGGGGAUCUCUAGGCCGGCUGCACCCCAACUGUGACCUCGCAACAUCAACACUUCCCUGUUUUUUGAUAUCGCCUUCACUUGUUCCUGCAGUGGUUCGAGGCGGAUCACUAGACCCACCCUGGCCUGCCAAGCUGAUCCCUGACAUUCCACAAGAGCACCAAGAGCGAACUUCAACCCCCAGCUCUCCCAACUCAAAAAUCUGUCUCAAGUAAUUUGGUGGAUGUGAUUGGAGCUCAUUCAUAAGGGCUUUUCUUUCAUACUUCUCUUUUGCAAAGGGCCACCUGCUAUCGGGUCCUUUCUUUAAGUACCCUUUUUUAUUUAAUAUCAACCAAGAUGUGCAGGUUAUAGGUUUUUUUUAAUAUAAAAAACUCAGUUAAUAGCAAUAUUAUUGCAAUGUAAUAAAGAAGUCAUGAUGCA